AUGUUUGAUCAUCGGCCAAGAUCCUGGCGAGAGUUGCCUCUGCGGAUAGCUGACUUCGGGGUACUUCAUAGGAAUGAGCUGUCAGGAGCACUCACAGGAUUAACCCGGGUACGAAGAUUCCAGCAAGAUGAUGCUCACAUAUUCUGUGCCAUGGAGCAGAUAGAGGAUGAAAUAAAAGGUUGCUUGGAUUUUCUACGUACAGUAUAUAGCGUAUUUGGAUUUUCUUUUAAAUUGAACCUUUCUACUCGCCCAGAAAAAUUCCUUGGAGAUAUUGAAGUAUGGAAUCAAGCUGAGAAACAACUUGAAAACAGUCUGAAUGAAUUUGGUGAAAAAUGGGAGUUAAAUCCUGGAGAUGGAGCUUUCUAUGGUCCAAAGAUUGACAUACAAAUUAAAGAUGCAAUUGGUCGGUACCACCAGUGUGCAACAAUCCAGCUGGAUUUUCAGUUGCCCAUCAGAUUUAAUCUUACUUUUGUAAGCCAUGAUGGUGAUGAUAAGAAAAGGCCAGUGAUUGUUCAUCGAGCCAUCUUGGGGUCAGUGGAAAGAAUGAUCGCUAUCCUCACCGAAAACUAUGGAGGCAAAUGGCCUUUCUGGCUGUCUCCUCGCCAGGUAAUGGUAGUUCCAGUGGGACCAACAUGUGACGAAUAUGCCCAAAAG